AUGGCCGAACUCAAUGGCCGCUCGCCCAAGAGGCGCCGCUCCGAUGACGGCUACAUCGAGUCCCCGAACGACCGCUCGCCCUUUCCGGACGCGUCGCCCACCUACCAGCUCACCGAGCGCCCGGCCGCACAUCGCUACAGAGACGACGACAGCCUCAAUGCCACACCCAGAGACGCGUCGCGCUCGCCGCGCUCCGGUUCCCGCUCGCCCAUCGGACGCCGCUCGCCCAGCGUGGACCUGCCUGAGAAGCCCGCCGAGCUGCGUUACAAAGCGAAGCUGAAGCUCUGCGGCCACAAGAAGGGCGUCUCGUGCAUCAGAUUUUCGCCUGACGGCCGCUGGAUCGCGAGCUCCUCCGCUGACGCCACCAUCAAGAUCUGGGACGCGCGGACCGGCAAGAUCCAGCACACCCUCGAGGGCCACAUGGCCGGCAUCUCGACCCUGGCGUGGGCGCCGGACUCGCGCAUCCUGGCUUCUGGCUCUGACGAUAAGUACAUUCGACUGUGGGACGCCAUAACUGGCAAAGACCUCUCCGUGCCUUUCGAAGGCCACCACAACUAUAUCUACUCGCUCGCCAUCUCGCCCAAGGGAAACAUAAUCGUGAGCGGUUCCUACGACGAAGCCGUAUUUCUGUGGGACAUUCGUACCGCGCGUGUCAUGAAGUCGCUACCUGCGCAUUCGGACCCAGUCGGUGGCGUGGAUUUUGUGCGGGAUGGCACGAUGGUCGUCAGCUGCUCCAGUGAUGGGUUGAUCCGCGUCUGGGAUACCGCCACCGGCCAGUGUCUUCGCACGCUCGUCCACGAAGACAACGCCCCCGUGACCUCCGUCCGCUUCUCUCCAAACGGCAAAUACAUCCUCGCCUGGACCCUCGACUCAUGCAUCAGGCUUUGGGACUACGUGACCGGCAAGGGCAGAUGCGUCAAGACGUAUCAAGGGCACAAGAACAGCAAGUACAGUCUGAGCGGCGCUUUUGGCGUCUACGGCACCGCGCCGUACCAGUCAGCCUUUAUUGCGAGUGGCAGCGAGGACGGUAGCAUUUAUCUUUGGGAUUGCAGCAGUAAGAACGUCAUGCAAAGGUUGGACGGGCACAAGGAACCAGUGCUGUGUGUCGACACGCACCCGACUGAACCUUGGAUUAUCAGUGGCAGUCUUGACAAGACGAUCAUCAUUUGGAGGAUGGAGGACGAGCAGCCUGGUUCGAGUGCCAGGCCUGAGGGAUGA